GCAUAUGCUAGUUCGUAUACCUCCCGAAACAACAGAGUCACGCGCAGUCCAGCAGCGUUACGGGCUACGGCAGCGGCCUGCACCGUCGGAGAUGGCGAGGAAGGGGGCGACCACCAUGGAGGUCCGUGGGGACGGGGUCGCCGUCAUCACAAUCUCCAACCCGCCCGUCAACGCCCUCUCCUUCGACGUCUUAGCUAGCUUUCAGAGGAACUAUCAAGAAGCUCUAAGGAGGAAUGACGUCAAGGCAAUUGUUCUCACUGGAGCCGAAGGGAGGUUUUGUGGCGGUUUUGAUAUAAAUGCUUUCGGAAAUAAGCCAAAAAACGAGAAGCCUGGCUCCCUUUCUAUUGAUUUUCUGACUGACAUAGUUGAAGAUGCUCACAAACCAUCAGUGGCUGCUAUAGAUGGCAUUGCUCUAGGUGGUGGCUUAGAGGUUGCAAUGGUGUGCCAUGCCCGCAUAUCUACACCCUCAGCUCAAUUAGGACUACCUGAACUUCAGCUUGGUAUCAUUCCUGGAAUGGGAGGAACUCAACGGUUGCCUCGCCUUGUUGGCAUGUCAAAAGCACUUGAGAUGAUGUUGAUGUCAAAGUCCAUAAAAGGAGUGGAGGCACAUAAACUCGGUUUAGUCGAUGCCAUUGUUUCAGCUAAUGAGUUAGUCAACACGGCCUGUUCUUGGGCUCUGGAAAUCGCUGAACACAAAAGGCCAUGGUUCAAGAGUCUCCAUAGAACUGAUAAGCUUCCGGAUCUUCAGGAAGCAAAGGAAAUUCUUAAAAUUUCCCGAGUUAAGGCCCAAAAGCAGGCUGCUAAUCUUCAACAUCCCUUAGUUUGCAUCGAUGUUAUUGAAGCGGGAGUACUUUCUGGCCCUCGUGCUGGCCUCAUGAAGGAAGUGGUUUCUGGAAAAAUGCUUGAGCAGUCUCAAACAAGCAAAAGCUUAAGACAUGUCUUUUUCGCUCAACGUGCCACUUCAAAGAUUCCAGAGGUUACCAACUUGGGUUUGACACCAAGGAGAAUUCUAAAGGCAGCAAUUGUUGGGGGAGGUCUAAUGGGAUCUGGAAUCGCAACUGCAUUAGUAUUGAACAACAUGUUUGUAAUCUUGAAAGAAGUAAAUGAGAAGUUCUUAGAUGCUGGUAUCAACAGAGUUAAAGCCAAUUUGCAGAGUUUUGUCAAAAGGGGGCGAAUGACUAAAGAUGAUUAUGAAAAGAAGCUGUCGCUGCUCUCUGGUGUCCUUGACUAUGAACAAUUUAGAGAUGCAGAUGUGGUCAUUGAGGCAGUUAUUGAGGAUAUAUUGCUGAAGCAGAAAAUAUUUUCUGACCUUGAAAGGUACUGUCAUUCUAAUUGCAUUAUUGCCACGAAUACGUCAACAAUAGACUUGCAGUUGAUUGGCCAAAAGACAUCCUGUCAGGACCGAAUUAUUGGUGCGCACUUCUUCAGUCCAGCUCAUGUCAUGCCACUACUGGAAAUAGUUCGUACCCAGCACACUUCCUCUCAAGUUAUCGUGGACUUGCUAGAUCUGGCAAAGAAGAUACGCAAAACACCGAUUGUUGUUGGGAACUGCACUGGCUUUGCUGUCAAUAGGAUGUUCUUUCCUUAUGGCCAGGUGGCUGGUUUGCUUGUUGAUUAUGGUUUGGAUGUGUAUCGCAUAGAUCAUGUCAUAACACAGUUCGGAAUGCCAAUGGGACCUUUUCGAUUAGCUGACCUUGUUGGUUUUGGUGUUGCCGUUGCCACUAGAAAGCAAUAUUACCAAAGUUUUCCUGAGCGAUGUUAUAAAUCAAUGCUUACUGAUAUUAUGCUCAAGGACAAGAGGACAGGUGAAUCUUCUGGUAGGGGCUAUUAUCUAUACGAUGAUAAGCGAAAGGCUUCUCCAGAUCCUGAUAUCCAGAAGUACGUUGAGAAAUCAAGAAACAUGGCAGGUGUUGCGAAAGAUCCUAAGGUGAUGAAACUAACAGACAGUGACAUCGUAGAAAUGGUCUUCUUUCCUGUGGUGAAUGAGGCCUGCCGUGUGCUUGAUGAGGGAAUUGCUCUAAAAGCGUCUGAUCUUGAUGUAGCAUCCAUCAUGGGAAUGGGCUUCCCUUCUUACAGGGGUGGUGUGAUGUUUUGGGCCGACUCGCUUGGCGCAGAAUACGUGUUCAAAAGACUGGAGGCCUGGUCAAAGGAUUAUGGAGAGUUCUUCAGACCGUGCGAAUAUUUAGCUGCAAGAGCUCGUCAGGGAGCAUCUUUGAUUGCCACUGCUGAUGGUGCAAAAUCACGGCUGUAGGUCUGUUAGCUCUUCAUUUAUGAAACCAUUUCUUGGUGACGAGUUCUGCCUUUUGAGUUCUCGCUAAUCUGAGAUGAAAGACCUGGUAGGACUUGAUUGUCGUUACAAAUACAAUUCUGAAGAUGUACAACUGCACAUCAAAUAAGGCGGAGGUGCAUGGGACCUCGUCAGGAGUUUCUCUAUGGAAGGUGUCGUGUCAGUCAUGUUGAAAAUUCGGACUAGAUAUUUGGUGUUAUAAUGUAACAGCAACAUGUACAAGUCUGAAAAUGGUGGAUAAUAAUAUGCUUCAUUAUCCUUGCCUAUUUUGAAAAUAAGUUCAAACACUUGUACUUCACUGAAUUCUGAAAAGCUGGCUUUGGCUUUGUUCCAGUUGAAAGAA